AUGGCUUGUGCAGAUUUUGACAUGGACAUCCAAGAGGCAAGGACAGCUGGGGAGGACCCGAGGACAGAUGAGGGGAUGUGCAAAGGAAACAGUCAGAAAGUGUCCAUGCUGACAACAUAUCAAGCUUCACAUCAUGUCCUGGAGGAUGACAUGGGGCCAAUGGACAGCCUUCUGCGGAAAAACACUGCAGUGUUGGCUUCCCUCCAGAUAGUCAGUGGGAUCCUCAGUGUUGGAUUGGGUGUCAUUCUUGCUGUAAACCUGGACAUGGCAAAAUCUCUAUUUACACUCUUUAGAGUUGCGCACUUGACUGGAACGCUUUAUAUCAUUGCAGGCGUUGUUUCCGCCAUGCUGCAGAAAUAUCCAGCAUUGCUUCAAGUGUCCCUCGUAAUCAACAGAGGUGGUGUUGUUGUUGCAUUAGUGGCCGUUUCUAUGAUCAUCACUGAUCUGACUGGAUGGAAUGAAGCUAAGGCACAAUAUUUGAAGAUGGAGGUUCUGGAACUUUGCAUGUUGGGACUUCAGAUUUUGGUCUCUGUUGUUCUCUGCUUCUGGAUCUCCAAAGAGAAACGUGCUAAGUUGACAUUAUUACAAAAUGAAUGAAUCCAUGUGAAUCUUAUAUUCAAUGAACCCUGUUUUUGUAUUUGAAGGACUGCUAUUAUUUUUUUGGUCUUUUUUAAUUAGAUUUUAUCUGGAUGUUUGGUGGAAAUACAAAAAAACCCCAAAAAAACUGUGGUGAACCUGUGCAGCUUUGUCUUUGCGAAACUCUUGUGGUUAUCAGAGCGCUCACUGUGUAUCUGCUGUACAGCUUCUGACAGUACGCAAUAUGAUCAUCUCUCAGCUGAAUAACAACUACAAUGCAUCUUUGAUACAAACUUUUUAAUAAUCUGUACAAGGCUGAACAACACACAAAAGUAAUAAAAUGACAGUCGAGAAAAAUCUG